AUGAACACCUGCACCCACAAACACACACUCUCACACACACAGACUGUGCAGAGUGGGUUUUCCUCUCACAUCUCAUACCAUCAGACCCACAGUCCUUAAAGUUCUGUCAAAGUGCAGCUUCUUUUAUGUUGUCCAAGUCACAGCAAUAUCACAAAUAAUACACAAUCUUUUUUUUAAUGCCGCAAAUGUAAAUGUAGGUCAAUACUGCAGGGACAAUUUCACUUGAUUUGCAGUUAAUAAGAAUUGCACACGCAGGUGGCCGGAGAGGGGAGGGGCAAAACACACCAACAUCCUUUGAGUGAUUUUGCAUCCAACAAUUUCUCCGAUUGUGUCUGCACUGACGCAAACUAAUGCUGUCCUCUUUAUUUUAGCUACCCCUGCAGCUUCUCAGAAACAUGGCUGCACCUUUCCCUCUUUUGAUUUUAUGCCUAACGUUCAGAUUGAGUCAUAGUGGGACUUUACCUGAAUGGUUCAAAAAUGUCUCUACUAAUCUCUUUGACUUGCCAGGGGACAUCAUUCUCGGAGGGCUAUUCCCCAUCAACGAUGUCACCAGCAACCUGACACAGAGGAGAGUGCCUCACAACAUCAGCUGUGAUAGGUAAUUAAAUAUCCUAUUGUUAAAAAUUCAUCAAGUUUGCAUAAUCUUACUUUAAGAGCUUGUCACCUGUUUUUUUCUGUUUCUGUCGACAGUGUCAAUAAUUUCGGACUGGGCCUUGCUCUAGUCAUGAAGUACGCAGUGGAUGAGAUCAAUGCAAACCAAAUUCUGCUGCCCGGCUGGACACUAGGGUUUAAAAUCUACGAUACAUGCAGACAAUCUGCCGUCGUGGUGAAACCGACUCUGUCUUUCCUCACUGAAAAAUCUACCGGUGCGUUGUCUGUGGAGUGUAACUACACCGACUACGAGACUAGCAUAUCAGCCGUGAUUGGACCUUACAGCUCGGAGAUGGUGUCGAUCAUAGGAAAACUGCUGGGGUUCUUUCUGAUGCCACAGGUUUGAUGAAAAGUUUUUUCAAAACUUCACAGAAAACACACCUUAAGGUUAAAAAUAAUGCCUCAUUCUACUCCUUAAAUCAUAACCUGCACUAUGACACUUUUCCUCUUAAAUAUACUUUCUCUAGCAUAUAUACAUAUAAUAGGGCUGGGCGAUAAACUGAAAAUUUACCAUACUGAAAUUUACAAAAACAACCGCCAUUUUGCCCAUAUCUAUAUACUCGGUGUCAAAAAGUAGAUAAAUAAAAGUUGGUUUUGGAUGUGUGUAGGUAGGCUAUGGUCUCAUGUCCCUUUAAGAAGCUGUCCUACAUCAGAGACGUGACUCCACCCCAUCCAGUCUGUAACAAAAAAGGAAAGAUAGGUGAGGAGAUGGAGGAUGGUUCAAAAGUUGGAGAGGCUGGAGCUAAAGUACACGAAGUAAAUGUGGGAGUGGGUGAGCAGCUUGUGGAGUAGUAAUCGUCGAUUUAUCGUUAUUGAACUGCUCAGUGUAUCGUGAUAUUGAUUUGAGGCUAUAUCGCCCAGCCCUAAUGUAUAUAUGUUUAUAGAUAUAUAUCAUCACCUGAGCUACAUGCAUGUCUACUGUGUAGAAUACACUUUAUCACUCAAGGAAAUGUCCAAUAUGUUUCUGUAAACGCCUGAAUCUCAUGCAUAUUACUAUUGUAUACUGUUAAUUAACUCUCAUGUUAAGCCCAACAUCCUUAUCCACAGUGUCCCUCAUGGAGAAACUCAAAAACAGUAAAUGCACACAAGCAUUCCGUUCCAGUGCUAAUAACUUAAUGUAGUAAGAAUGACUCUCCUCACUACAGAUCAGCUACGGGGCCACCAGUGACAAAUUCAGCGACAAGGAACUCUACCCAUCUUUCUUUCGCACGGUACCCAGUGACAAAUGGCAGGUGGAGGCCAUCGUGCUCCUCCUAAAUGAGUUCAAAUGGAACUGGGUGGCCAUUGUAGGCAGUGAGGAGGAGUACGGACAAGGAGGGGUGCAGGAGUUCUCCAAAAUAGCAGAAAACAAGUCUGUCUGUGUGGCCUAUCAGGCUCUGAUUCCUGUGUACACUGACCCUGGGCCGGCCGUCUUAACCAUCAUUGACAACAUCGUAGCAGCCAGCGUCAAGGUGGUGGUGUUAUUUGCACUCCCAAAGCCUGCAGAGACUUUAUUCAAAGAGGUAAGUGAAGCAGAGAACGGUUUCAUAGAAGAAAAGGAGGUUAUUUGUGGAAAAAAUAUCUUGUUUUCAUCAAUCCUCACUUUUCCAGGUGAUCAGAAGAAACUUGACUGGUGUGUGGAUUGCCAGCACGAGUUGGUCCAUCCACUACCUCCUGACUACCCUUCCGAACAUCCAGUCAGUCGGUACAAUCAUUGGAUUCACUGACAACAUGCAGACCUUGGAUAUGCUAACUCCCUACAUGACAGAGGUCUUCACCAGAAUGAGCGAGGAGAGGGCGAACACGCCUCAACAAACACCACCACCAAAGUAUGGAAACCCUGAUAACCCCUGCCCACAAUGCUGGACCUUGACAGCUGCUAAUAUCAGCCUGGUGGAGGACCCUGUAGUGAAGCGCUCAGCAUUCGGAGUGUAUGCUGCUGUCUACAGCGCGGCACAGGCACUGCACAAUCUGCUGGGAUGCAACGCAACUGCCUGCAUGAAAGGACCAGAAACCAAAAUCUAUCCUUGGAAGGUGAUAAUUUUAAGACAAUAAGAUACUAUUUUAAAGGAAUAUUAUUUAUAACACAGGAAAUAAAUUGUUCUUAAAAUCUUUUUUACAGCUAUUUCAGGUUUUAAAAAGAACAUCUGUAGAAAUAAAUGGCACAAGUGUGGUGUUUGACAGUGACGGUAAUCCAAACAUCGGUUACAAUAUGCUCCAGUGGGUGUGGAACGACACAGAUUUGGAAUUCAAGAAAAUUGGAACCUUUUACAAACAACUGUUUAUGAACAAAUCCCUAUUUGAAUGGCACACUCCAAACAAUGAGGUAAAAUGGAUCUAUAUGAUCUCAAAUUUCAAACAAAUAUGCCACAUAAUUCACACAAAGGUGUUGAAUACAGGAUCUUUAACUAUGAUGUCUCGGCUUUGGCAGGUUCCUGAGUCCACCUGUUCAGCAGCAUGUGAGAAAGGACAGGUUCGGAGAGUGAAAGGCUUCCACUCCUGCUGUUUUGAUUGUAUCAACUGUAUGCCUGGCACCUACCAAGCAAAUGAAGGUAAUAUUUUCACACAAGCGCUUUCAAAAUAUCAGUCCUGACUUUAAAGGAGAAGUGCAAAAUUUUCAAGAAAACAUUUACUUGCUGUCUCUCGAGGCAACCAUUGAGUAUCAUCCUUGUAAGUCAAUUGACUUUUUGCAAGACAGCAGAUAAGCAUCUUAACAAAAUGUCAAACUAACCCUUUAAACUAUUUUUGCGGAUAAUAAACUUCGAUUAAUUGAUGCCUCUGGUCCUAUUUUGGUAUAUGCCCUUGAAAAUUACCAACACUUGGGCUGAUUUCAAUAAACAAAUAUAGUGCAUGGCCUAUACUUCUUUAUGAAUGGGACUAUUUAUCAAGUUUAUGUUCACAAUCAGCUCUUGUUUUGGUUGCCACAUUUUAUUAAAGUAACAGUAACUUCCUUAUAAAGUUUUUUAAUGCCAGUAAUUAUAAAAACUUACGUUUUGAGACUAAGUUAGUAUUGUUGGAUUGCAGUUUUUGGUUACUUACAGUAAUUUAUUACAGCUCUUUUUUGUUUAGUAUUACAAUAGAUUGAGUGUUAGUAGUACUAAUAUCAAAAAUAAUACUAUCAGUAACCGUCUGAUAUGAUUUUGGUUGUGUUUGAUAUUCAAACCAUAUUCCCAAUGUGCUUUCUGACUAAUAGAGGACAUCCAAUGUACCAAGUGCCCAAAGGGUCAGUGGUCUCUGAUCCGCAGCACUAACUGCACUGAACCCACCUUUGAUGUGCUGUCCUGGGACUCCACCGAGGCUCUGGUGAUAAUACUCGGUGUUGCGCUGCUGCUGAUAUGUCAAGGUUCAGUGGUGGUAGUUUUCCUGAAGCACCGGGACACCUUGAUGGUGAAGGCCUCAGGGGGAGUCCUGAGUUUCGUGGUCUUGCUAAGCCUGAUGGCAGCGUGUCUCUGUCUGCUGCUCUUCCUGGGGCAGCCAGGUGAUGUGGUGUGUCGUCUUCAGCUGCCCCUCACCUGCGUAUUCCAAACGAUUGCUUGCUCCAUUAUCAUGUUCAUCUCACUACAGGUAAAGAUAAAAGGUUGAACCAUUUUACUUAGUGAAGCAUUUCUUAUAGUUCAGAUUCAGGUGUGUGAUUAUCAAGAAGCAUUUCAUGAGUGCUGAAACAUUGCAACAACAAUAGGACUUUUAGUAUGUAUCACUCUGCCAUUAACAACUACAUGCUGCUUGAGAACCAUGCUGCUCAGUAUUGUACUCCGGGUGGCGCUGUUGUACUGAAUAUCAGCAUGACUGUGAGAUGGAAUCACAGUCAAGCCAAUACUCAGUUCAACACCACUACCUCAGAUGAACUACAGCUGGUGUAUGGGACAAAUUGUAUAGAGUUUUUCAUAAUUAACCCUCUUUUCAAACAGGUAGCCUUCCUGUCAGAGUUCCCAGAGAUUGCUGCCCGUUACCUGCCUAUGCUCAGAGGCCCUGGAAGCUGGCUGUUUCUGUUGGUGUGUUGGGCCGUGCAGGCUGGUAUCUGCGGCUGGUUCGUACAGGCAGGGCCCUCACUCUCAGAAUACCGGGCAAAUAUGACAAUAGACUUUGUUAGAGAUUUUCUGGCGUGUCCAGUGGAACCUAUGAGUGGAUUCGCAGUAAUGCAAGGUCUCAACUGUGUAAUGUCCCUUGCAUCAUUCAUGUGCACCUUCAUGGCAGCAAAGCCUCCUCAUCAGUACAACCUUGCCAGAGACGUUACCUUUUCCUCCCUGCUCUACUGUGUGUUCUGGGUGACCUUUAUUCCAAUCUACAUAGGCUUGGACACAAAGAGUAAGUCUAUUGUACACGUGUCUUUCACUUUGGCAAGCAUCCUCGGACUGGUGGCAGCCUACUUUUUUCCAAAAUGCCACUUACUGCUGAGAAAACCCGAGCUCAAUACAGACGACCACUUCUGUACCUUUCUCGAGUGUAUCCCACCUACGCCAGCUCAGGAAGAGCCACAGCCAAACCCUGAACCAGAACCACAACCAGAACCAGAAUCAGAGCAUUAG